AUGAUGCGCGGGCCAGAUGCCGGAUCCGCUGUGCGCGUUCGUCGGGAGAGGCUCGAGAAGGGCGAGCGGCGCGCCGAGCAGCACCAGGGGUGGGCCGAUGCGCCGAAGGAGAAGAGGCGGAGGGCGGCGGAGGAGCAGACGGCGGCGCAGGCGGCGCUGCUGGGGCCGCUCGCGGCCGCGGACACCACGGCGUCGCUGGGAGGCGCGCCGAUGCGGAGGCCGAGCGCCAUCGUGGCGGCGGUGCUGCAUCAACCCAUCGCGGCGGAGCGGGCGGCGCCGAUGCUCGCGCCGCUCGGCUACCACAUGAACAGGCUAUGCGGCGACGUGCUGAAGCGGUGGCGCGAGUUCGAGCGGGAGAUGAAUCAAUCAAAGGUGCGCCGCCGACACCGUUUCCUCGAGCGAGCCCUUUUGGAGCAAGCCCGUUGGACGCCGAACACAGAGCGCCGUCCAGGGUUGCGCGUCGACUGGGCGAGCGUUGAGCUCUGUCAUGGGAUGCUCUCUGUCUCGAAGUGA